CCGCAGUCGUCCUGCCUCGUUUGGAACGUGUCGGCCGCCGCUGUGGGACGGCAUUACGGAGUGAGCUGCUGAGGGGCCUCGGCUGAGAGUCCUAACAGGAUACCGCAGGUGGCAGUGCAGAGGUUGUGCUCAGCGUGCUGGGUGCUUCUCGGUGACUCGCUGGCAGCAUGUGGCAGAUAAAUGCAAAAGAGUGCUUUUCCCCCACCGGGGAGUCUCAAAGUUGAGAAAUCUGAUUGUGCUCCUCUGAGCUGUGCGAGGUAAAAUGAUGCUUCUGUGCUCCUCUUGGGCCGUCAGCCUUUCUUCUCAUGCUUCCUGUCUGGGAUAGCUGUAAAAGUCUCAGAACCCUCAGGAGACAAUGGCUAUCAGAACAAAACAGAACCCUAUUGGCAAACUUGUACGCAUUUAUGGUUCUCACUGGUAGUCUGCUUCUUAACAAUGAGUGUUUUCCAGACACUCAGAGCAUUAGAAGACAGAAGGCUUUUUACUAAGACUGUUAGAUCAGAGGAGUCAUUUCUUACUUUCAAAUCAAAUGUGCCUCUCUGUCUGGUAUUACAGACUGCAUGUCUGACCUCAUUUGUGUCUGUUUCUGAAGUGCCUUCUAAAGCCGGCCCAGAGGAGGAAGCAUGAAUUUGGACAGCAGCACAUCAAAUGCCCCAAAGUCCACACCAAAACAAACCUCAGCCCCAUUUCAUCAAGAUGCAAAGGAGUGUAUUACAUACUGCUUCUCAGCUGGCCCAUGGGAUAUGUUUGUUGUUUCCUCGCACUGGUGCCUUUCAUGGCUUAAAAGGACCAUCGGUGGCAUCUCAUGUUGGAUGCAAAGUGAAUUUGGCACUGGACCCUCCUAAACGAUGUCUUCAUGCAGGUGCAGCACUCUUUGCCUCAAAGAGCAGCGCUGUUUCAUCACAGCCAACAGCCACUCCUAGGAAAGCACCAGAAGAGAGAGAACCUUUGACUUCAGCCACUGAAGUAUCCAAGCAGAGCCCUGUAGAGUCAGAUGCUUCAGAACCUGAUCCGUUACAAGACAAAUCAAUUAGCCUUGUUCAAAGAUUCAAGAAAACUUUUAAACAGUAUGGAAAAGUCAUGAUUCCCGUUCAUCUUGUGACUUCCACUGUGUGGUUUGGAACCUUUUACUAUGCAGCCAUGAAAGGAGUGAAUGUUGUUCCAUUCCUAGAGUUGAUUGGCUUACCAGACAGGAUAGUAGACAUCCUGAAAAAUUCCCAGAGUGGAAAUGCACUAACUGCAUACGCAUUGUAUAAAAUUGCAACUCCUGCCAGAUAUACUGUGACUCUGGGAGGAACAUCCUUCACUGUUAAAUAUCUGCGUAAGCAUGGCUACAUGUCCACACCACCACCAGUAAAGGAAUAUCUACAAGAUAGGAUGGAGGAAACAAAGGAUAAAAUCACAGAGAAAAUGGAGGAAACAAAGGAUAAAAUCACGGGGAAAAUGGAGGAAACAAAGGAUAAAAUCACGGAAAAGAUUCAAGAAACCAAAGAUAAAGUUUCGUUUAAAAAAAUAAAGGACUAAGAGAUGCUUAAUUUUUGGAGAUCUCUAACUUAGCACUUUAACCUUUUUUGAGGCAGGAGAUACAAAGUGCACUUCUGACCUUUCUUGAGUUUUUUUUGUUGUUUUGGUUUUUUUGUCUGCAGACUACAGCUUCACUGUGGAUAUAGAAUUAUGUAUAUUCUUGAAGGCUGAAGUUUCCUGGGAGAGAUAAAUUGUGACAAAAUUUCAAUUAACAGAAGCAAAAAUAAAUUUCACAUGAGAAAUUCACAUCCAGUGGUAAUAGUGUCAACAAUUACAUCUCAACCCUCCCCCCCCCUUUUUUUCUUUUCUCAAAAUGAAGAUGAUUUCAUAUUAAAGCCACUACUUUACUCCUCCAUCUUAGUGCACAGCCAUUAUCCCAUCGGACUGAACCUUCCGAUAAGUGAGAAUGGAGACGUCUCUACUGGGGAAGAACUUAUUUUGUAUUUCUAAGUAUGUAAUCUCAGACCUCCUUAAUCGUGAUCAUCUCUCGACUUGGAGACAGACCAUUGUCACUGAUACUGCACAUGAAGAAAAGAAUGGAUUAAGUUACUCGGCGUGAAUGAAUUCAUAACAGCUACAUGGACUUCAGCUGAUCUGUGACAGUUCACAGUUUGGGACGGCUACAAACCUUUCUUGGAAAGUGCAUCUUUUCAGAAAUCUCAACUGCAAACUAUAGGAAGAUGAGUUAAUCACAACAGCCAUACUGUCAACUAUACUGUCUUUUUCUAAAGUUGAUUUUCAGUAGGAAGUUAUUACAAUGAAUCAAUUAUUGUAUAUUAAAAACUUUUUUGGUUUUUUUUAUUAUGUUGAAGUUUACAAAACUGUUCUAUUAUUUCACGGUAGUCCUAUAGCAACAAAAAAAAAGAAUUCAGAAGAGAGGUUUACUCAAAUAAUAGGUAUACUAAUGGAACUUUUUAAAUACAUGCAAAGUUAGAGUUAAAUCCCAAAGUUUCUUUUCCUAUCCAAGAAUCUCUUGGAUGUCCGUAGUACAGUUUAGCUUUCCUGAGACAGUGAUUGCAGUCUAGCAGAAAACUCUACGUUUUCUUACAUCAAGCAAAUACUUGUUUGUACCUGAAAUGCUGAAAGGACUAAAGGUGAAACUGCUCUAUUUGACUAAACUGGCAAGCUUCUCUCUUAGUUCUACUCAAAUUUUAGGCUGAACCGAGUGGAUUUUUUUCCUGUUUCUGUAAUGGCCCUCACUUCCUAGUAAAUCUGCAUGUGCAUUUUGCUUAAAGAUGUUGGGGUUUUUUUGUGGGCUUGGUUUUUUUUGUUUGGUUGUUGGUUUUUUUGUUGUUUUUGUUUUUGCAGGGAGAUAGAUAAGUAAAGCAGCAGAGUUGGACCCUAAGUAUUGUAACUAAGAUAAAAGAAAAUAACUGAUAAAGUAUCAUUUCUACCCCACUCUUUUACUUUGUCAGUGAAGUCACCAAGAACCAUUUUUAAGUCCGUUGAACUUCAAUAACUCAAUUGUGCAGGAUUGAUUGCAUACUUCUCUGCCUCUGUCCAUGUGUCAAAAUAGUAAUUGCAAUCUAAUGCUUACCUCACAGGGCUGUUGUGAGGAAUAAUCAUUGUAUAUUCAGUGUCCUGAAGAUGUAAAGUGCCACAUUUCUGACAAAUACUAUUAAAAAGGAAUUCUCUCUAA